AUCAGUGAGUGACAGUAACAUUGGGUUGUGAUUUGUGAGGGAAGAAGGGGUAGAAAGAAUCAGGAGAAGGAAAUAAUCAUCAACCAUGGCAGGGAGAUUGACGAACGCAGCAUCGAGGAUCUUAGGCGGAAACGGCGUCGUUUACCGAUCCGUAGCUUCCUCUCUUCGCCUCCGCUCCGGCAUGGGCCUCCCCGUCGGCAAACACUAUGUUCCCGACAAACCCCUUCCCAUGAAUGAGGAACUCCUGUGGGACAACGGCACUGCAUUUCCCGAACCGUGUAUAGAUCGUAUUGCUGACACUGUCGGAAAGUAUGAAGCAUUGGCCUGGCUGUGUGGGGGAUUGAGUUUUUUCGCGUCGCUGGGAUUGUUGGCUGUGUGGAAUGACAAAGCCUCCAAGACACCGUUUGCACCCAAAGUAUAUCCAUAUGACAAUCUGCGAGUGGAGCUUGGUGGUGAACCAUAGGUAGAUCCAAGGCAACGAUCGGAUGAGAAGUUCUUGUUUGAUGUAUUGUUCUUCUACGUUUAUUUGUGCUUUUGUGUAGUUCAAAAUAAGGGAUCAUGGAGGACUUGCUGAAACCAUCUAAAGGAAUAGAAGAGCCGAAUCUGGUUGUUCUUUUGAUCAUGCUAAUGCUUAUGGUGACUAUUGUGAGGAGUGAGUCAGUAUUAUGCCCAGCAUGUGUUUGGAUAUGCAUUUACCGAAUUGAUUUUGGAUCAAUGAGUUUAUAAAAUUGGUGUUAAUAUACUCAAUCACUGAUUUUGGCAGUGACAGUUAAAAAUA